UUCGCGCCCGCAGCCAUGGUGGAAGCGGAUCGCCCCGGGAAGCUCUUCAUCGGCGGGCUCAGCCCCGAAAUCGACGAGAAAACCCUCGAGGCCGAGUUCGGCAAGUAUGGCCGCGUCAUCGAGGUGCUCCUGAUGAAGGACCGAGAGACGAGCAAGUCCAGAGGCUUCGCGUUCGUCACCUUCGAAAGCCCCGCCGACGCCAAGGCCGCCGUCCGAGACAUGAACGGCAAGUCCCUGGAUGGUAAGGCCAUCAAGGUGGCCCAGGCCACCAAGCCGGCGUUCGAGAGCGGCCGCCGGGGCCCGCUGCCGCCGUCCCGCAGCCGCGGGCGCCCGAGGGGCCUGCGCGGGGCCCGCGGGGGCGGCGUCGGGCCGCGGCGCUCCCCUUCCCGGGGCGGGUCGGCCGACGACGGCGGCGGCGGCUACUCGGGGGAUUUCGACCUGCGCUCCUCGCGGGCGCCGAUGCCCAUGAAGCGCGGCCCGCCGCCGCCGCCGCGCAGGGCCGGGCCGCCCCCCAAGAGGGCCGCGCCGUCGGGCCUGCCCCGCAGCGGCGGCGGCAGUGGCGGUGGCGGCGGCGGCGGCGGCGGGAUGCGCGGGCGGGCCCCGGCCGCGCGCGGGCGAGAUGGCUACGCGGGGCCGCCGCGCCGGGAGCCGCCCCCGCGCCGGGACCCCUACCUGGGCCCCUGGGAGGAGGGCUACUCGCCCCGGGACAGCUACUCGAGCCGAGACUACGCGAGCGCCCGCGACUCCCGCGACUUCGCGCCCUCGCCCCGCGACUACACCUACCGCGACUACGGCCACUCCAGCGCCCGGGACGACUUCCCGUCCAGAGGCUACGGCGGCGACCGAGACGGCUACGGGGGCCGCAGCCGCAGCGAUUACGCCGACCACCCGAGCGGAGGAGGCUCCUACCGCGAUCCCUUCGAGAGCUACGGGGACCCGCGCGGCGGCAACCCGGCGCGGGGGCCCCCGCCCUCGUACGGCGGCCGAGGCCGCUACGACGAGUACCGAGGCUGCUCGCCCGACGCCUACAGCGGCCGCGACAGCUACGGCGGCGGCGGCGGCGGCGGCAGGAGCGACCGCUACUCCCGGGGCCGCGACCGGGUCGACCGGGCCGACCGCGGGCUUCCUGCGUCCCUGGAGAGGGGGUGCCCGCCGCCGCGCGAUUCUUACAGCCGGUCCGGGGGCCGCCGGGCUCCCCGCGGUGGAGGCCGCCUGGGAGGCCGCCCGGAGAGAGGGGGAGGCCGGAGCCGAUACUAAGCGAUGUUGGAACAGACUGGGGACCCAAAACCCUAAGUCCCGUCUUCAGAGAAACCAACGGAAAAGGAAGAUGCUGUUUUCUGGUUAACUGACGACCCAAGGACUGGUCCAAGGAAGAAUUGUGUUCACCUGUUGAGAAUUCUCUGUUAACUUCCUCGCCCAUAACUUUGGUUCUUUUGAGAGGAAAAAGUUAAAAAAAAAAAAAAAACUCGUUUAAUUUCAUUUUGGAAUUGUUAAACGUUUCUUGCA